UUUCGGUUGAUCAUUAUCAGGUUUGUUAUUAUAACACUGUUCAUAUAAAGUAGCUAUAUGAAUCUGUCUUGUAAUUUGAUUCGGGCAUUUCGGUGUGUUCCCCGGCGUUAUCAGUGGCUGGAGGAUUUCGACGGGGGGAGACAGCUAAUGAUAACUUUUAGUCUGCGGCCGCCAUUACACCACCGAAGAAGCGCCUCCCGCCCUCCUUCGUCGGGUCUUUUCUUCUUCUCUUCUGCGCUAUCGCAAAGUGAUUUGGGACUGUAGUCCCCACAGUAGCCAUGGAGACCUCAUCGGUGUACAUGUGCUUUCCCUGCUACCAAGAGUUUGACACUCUGGAAGAAGUGCUCAAGCACCAGUUGACGUGCACUGUUGAGGAGGAAAAGCCCCAAGCCCAGGGGACAGCUGUCACUGUUCCACUGCUGCACCCUCAGCAACAGGUACUAGAUGUAGCAAGGGCUGUUGUGCAGCCACUGCCUCAAGCCCAGGAACCAGUGACAAGUCCAAAGAAGCCUGCAGCCAGUCUUAAGGAGCCAGACCAGCCCCGGAUCCUCUAUCAGUGUGGAGAUUGUGAUGAGCUUUUCAAGAACCUGGACCUCUGGCAAGAGCACCGUAAAGCAGGAGGAUGUCUACAGUGUGCGGCUAAGGACAAACCUGAUUCAGACACUAAUCCUGAAACCUCUGCGGCAUUAAGUCCAGCUACAGCUGUAAAUCCCACUAGCUCCUCUGUCCUCAAAGAUGGUGUGAGAGAAAAUGUGGCCCCUGAACCAGAGGCUGAAGCUGCGGCCACUGCUGUAGCUGCAGCGCUGGAGCAGAGUGAGGCUCCAGUGGAGCAGCCUGAUCCUCCAGUCACUGAGGCCAGAGCGCCAGCCUCUAAUCCUGAUGAAUCCUCUCCACGGCGACGAGACCGAAGCAAAAAGCCCAAACCAGAGCCAGUGCUCCUGUGUGUGGAUUGUGGCUCUUGCUUUGGUCUAGUGCCUGAGCUUGUGGCCCACCGGAAAACUCAGCAUGGGUUUGAGGAAGCUUUGCAUCGCUGUGGUGUGUGUGGAGAAAGCUUUCUCAACACGACCCUCUUCCUCUACCAUCGCAAGCAGCACCGACAGCGCGGGGAGGAGGUUGCUGCACAAGAAGUUAGAGCUCAGAGCACCAUAAUUGAAGAGCCAGUUAAACCCAUGAAUGUGACUGUUAACUUCACGCAGCCCAAAUACUUCCUGUGCACUGAGUGUGGGCAGAGCUACAGCACUGACCAUGGGCUCCUCUCACAUCGUAAAACAAAGCACGACCUCAAGAAGCCCCUGCACACCUGCUCUCUGUGUAGUGCUGAAUUCAUGAAUACUACACAGUACCUAUACCAUCGCAGGCAGCACAGAUUUAUAUCAGACUCAGCUGAGGAGACCACCAUGACUGUGGAGACGGUCAUCACUGAAACCCAGGACUCCCCGAGUGCAAAACGCAUCCUUUCACCAGCUGCAGCUACUGUGUCAUGCUCUCCUCUUGCAAAAAAAAGUCGUGCCACUUUUAGAGUUAUGAGUGCUGGCCAAAAAGCUAUAAAAUCUGAAUCAGACAAUGGCACCACUCCUACUGAUGCCAAUGUUGGUAACUACCCUCCUGCAAAGCUGCUGCAGGAUUGGUCCCGUACUCCGCUGCCUCAUGUUUGCCCUUACUGUGGCAAAACCUUCACACGGCGUAUCUUUCUCCGUACCCACGUCUACAGCCACACCGGAGAGAAGCUCUUCACAUGCAAGGUGUGCUCAAAGUCAUUCAACAACUCCCAUAGCCUGCUUCGCCACAGCUUGUGUCACACUGGAGCAAAACCUUACAGCUGUAACAUCUGCAGCAAAAGUUUCUCCCAAGCCGCUACACUGAAGAGGCACCAGCAGCUCCACAAUGUCUCCCAGCCACGGAAGAAACGAGGAAGAAGACCCGUGUCAGCUAUGGGCAAUGAUGAAGAUCUGCUGUCUUGUCCUCGCUGUCCAUCAAUGUUUAGCACCGAGGAACAGCUCAACUAUCACAAACUGCUCCAUACCAGCCACCCUUUCCCCUGCUCUGAAUGUGGAGAAUCCUUUAAGCGCAGAAAGGACCUCGACCUUCACUCUCUCACUCAUCAAGACAAGAUGCCAGCUACAUGCCCCCACUGUUCAUCCCAGUUCAUAAACCAGACCGUGCUGGAGAUCCACCUGCAGCGCUGCCCGACCAAUGAGGAUGACCGCAGCGCAGGGCGAGGGCGGGGGCAGGGCAGAGGGCGCUCCACUGGCCAGGUGGAGUGCGACCUCUGCGGGCACCGCUGCAUGACACAGGAGGGUCUGGACCUGCACCGCUUGUCCCACACGGGUCAGACCCCGCUCAAAUGCCCCGUGAGGCCGUGUCGUCGCCGCUUCAUCUCCCACAGUGCUCUGGAGGAGCACGUGCUGGCCCAUUUCCAGGGAACACUCCACAAGUCUAAGAGUCGUGCUCGCUUUCGCUGUUCGAUUUGCCACAAGGAGUUUGCUUACAACUCCACUUUCAAGGUUCACAUGAGGACGCACACUGAUGAGCGGCCCUUCGAGUGCUCCACUUGUGGUAAGCGCUUUCGGCAGCUGCCCCACCUGCAGGACCAUGAGCGUAUCCACAGUGGACUGCGUCCUUUUUGCUGCUGGAUUUGUGGAAAGAGCUUCAGCGUGGCUGCCCGGCUUACAGAGCAUGCUCGCAUUCACAGUGGAGAAAAGCCGUACCCGUGUCCGCACUGUUCAGCGGCGUUCAGGGCCCGCGCCAACCUGGAGAAGCACAUCCGCACACACUCAGACCUGCCCCCAGAGACAGCCGCAGAGGUGGCCAGCGCGGCCGAGGCAGCCCAUGUUCAGAAGGUGCUGGAGGGGGCGAAGGUGUUGUCCUCUUUGUCCACUUCAGAGUUGGACACUGCUGCAGCGGUACAGACCAUCUAUGUGCUACAGAGCGGCGAAGACGGUACAGAGACUGUCAUGAUCCCAUCUGAUCAACUGGCAGGCCUAGAGGGAAACUCACAGGUCGUCAUCCUACCCUCCUCUGUGCUGGGGACACAGACCAUUGCUGUUCCAACUAUCACAAUGGAUGGCAAUGAAAUCACAAUGGUGGAGGCAGGCCAGUCGCCACACCAUUCAAUUGAGUUCAUUGUGGAGGAAACUAUAUGAAGACUGCUGUGAUCAGCUGUAGGGCAAUACCAUAGGGACAAAUUCAAGAUCAAUCUAAUGAUGAAUAAAGUUUCUGAUGGUGAAAAAUUUGAUUUAAAAAGGCCUGGUGUUUUUUG